CUCUUUUAGUGAUACUUCCGCUAAGUCAAUCGAAAGAUACUGGAAGCGAUUGACUCGUCUCUGCUGCAGUUUUAUGCAACUCCGCUAUAAGAAGCAACAAGCUUCAUGAGUUGCAGAAACAAUUGGAGGAACCAACUCUGAAGUUUACUCUGCCGCGUACAGGUAAGAUGAAUGGGCAGCCGGAGAUUGAAACCGACUAUAAGAAAAAGUACAAGAACCUGAAAAGGAAGUUGAAGUUCUUGGUUUAUGAGCAAGAAUGUUUCCAGGAGGAAUUACGUAGAGCACAGAGGAAACUGCUGAAAGUUUGUCGUGAUAAGAGUUUUUUACUUGACAGACUUCUGCAGUAUGAACAUGUGGAUGAUGACUCUUCAGAUUCUGAUGCCACAGUCUCAUCAGAUAACAGUGAUGGAGAGGGUCGGAAAAUGACUGAGAGUACAGGAGCAAAGAAACGCAGAAGCAGCCCUCAUCUGCCUAAUGUCCCCUCACCAUCCAGCAGUCUGGCUUUGCUGUCUAAAGGCUUCACAAACCUGACCAGUGGCCCAGGACCCUACCUUAGCACGCUGCCCUUUCCCCCUGCCUAUCUAGCAUCUCCUGCUGACAGAAACAGGAAGGAGAAAAAGACAAAGAGUGGCAAGCACAGGAAGCAGCCACCGGGCAAGGUGGCAGGGCCUGCUCCAGCACCCUCAUCAGGCCCAGCCUUCCCUGUGGCUGCUCCCCCGAUGCCUCCCCGCCCUUUCAGCUGGGUGCCCAGACAGAUGCUCAGUGGGGAUGCUCCAGAAGACGGGAGCAAUGGAGAGAGUGAGAGAGAAGAGGAGAGGGGAGAGGGAGAGGAGGCCGAGCUGGUCAUUGACAUUCCCAAUGAGUGACAAAGUACUGUCAUGAUUGGGAAAAAUACCUUUUUUCAAAUUUUGCAAUUAACAAUUAUAAUAUUUUGUAGUACUGUCCUCCUUAGCCUACUACCAAUUUGGAGCUACAAAAUUGAAUUUAAUUCACGAGUCAUUGGUACACCCCUUGUACCCAUGCAAGAAAACUGUAGGCAGCACAAUUGAUUUGUCAGUUCACAUGUUACAGUGUUUUUACAAUACAAGUUCUUUAACACUGAAAUAAAUCUUAGACUGGUAAACCUAAGCUUAUCUGAGACACCACUGCGAAAUCAAAAGCAAAAAAAAAGGUUCUUAAAGGUGCUAUUGUGAAAGAAUCAAGGGAAUCUGUGGACAACUAAAAGUCCACUUAACUUUGGCGGUUCUUGCUCAGUUGAACACCUCCCCUGUUAUGAAAUCCCAGUCAUACUGGGCUUGCCCAGAGUGGACCCAGCAAUCUUAGGGGUAUAGGGUCCAAUCUGCACCCUAAACAAAGACUUUUACAGUCAUACUGAACCAACAGUUAAAAUACAACAGAAGUAGUAGUUCCUUAUAGGUAUAGUUGAGGACUAGGUGAUAACAUAAGGGUGCUUUAUAAAACUAAAUUUUGUAUUGAACUGUGUUGUUUUUUACAGUUUAAGACAGAAGCCAACAAUAAAUGAUCUCCUGAUGCUUGUUAAAAAUCUCUCUAGAUAUUACUUCUAACAUUUGUGCUAGCAGAGCUAGUCAUUGACAUUCCUAGUGAAUAAUAAAGUGAUAUUAUUCACUUUAUUAAGUGUAUCAAUCCAACAGUACCAAUUGGUCAAUAAUCCGUCUUGUAAAUGUUCUGUGGAUAUUGGUGUACUUUGGGACAAAGGAUGCUAAUGUAAUUAAGUCAUUGGUGUUAGUUAUUGGUGUUAUAUAAUACUGUGGUUUGAUUGCAAGUGUAAUUACUAGAAUGAGGUCAUGAUUUAUAUACAGGAAGAUGCUUCACGAAUAUUAAUCUUCAGAAACAUUCAGUGCAAUUCACUGAAGUGGUAAUGCACCUUUUUUAACAGUAGAAGGUUUGUCAAUUUUAAUGUUUUCAAGUUUCAAAAAUGUAAGAAGUGAAAUAAAAAAAGUCAUUAAGAUCUAA